AUGGUAUCCAAUCCCCAGAACAUCCCCCUGCCCUUGGCUGGCUCCAGCCCCCUGGCCCUGGCCCAGUCCCUGCUGCGCCCACAGGAGACAGGGAACAACGAGGUGCAGUUCAUGCACCUGGACCUGGCCAGCCUGCGCUCAGUGAGAGCCUUUGCCAGCACCUUCCUGCGCCAGGAGCCCAAGCUGCACAUCCUCAUCAACAACGCGGGGGUGAGCGCUGGGGGCACGACAGAGGAUGGCUUCAGCCUGCCCUUCCAGGUGAACCACCUGGGCCAUUUCCUGCUGACCCAGCUGCUGCUGGAGCGGCUGCGGAGCUGCGCUCCCAGCCGGGUGGUCAUCGUGGCCUCCAGUGCCCACUGUGCCGGCCGCCUGCGCCCCGAGUCCCUGGGCCGGCCGCCCUCGGGGCUGUUUUCCACCUUCCAGGACUACUGUGACAGCAAACUGGCCAACGUGCUGCACGCCCGCGAGCUGGCCACGCGCGAGCAGGGCACGCAGGUCACCUGCUACGCCGUGCACCCAGGGUUCGUCAACACCUCGCUGUUCCGGCACGCGCCGCUGUGGCUGAAGCCGCUGCUGCUGCCCCUGGCCUGGCUGCUGUUCCUGGACCCAUCCGAGGGCGCGCAGGUGGUGCUGGACUGUGCCACGCAGGACGGCCUCGAGCCCCUCAGCGGCCGCUACCUCACCGACUGCGGCCCCCGGCCGCCGUGGCCAGCGGGGGCAGCGAGCGCCUGGUGGGGCUGGGGGCGGCGGGGGGACACCGGGAGGGACAUCGGGGGGGACUCGCUGCUCCCACAGCACAAUAAAGGUGAUGGUGGUUGUGAGGGAGCGCGGGGGUGCCGUGUGGGUGUGGAAUGGGGGUGA